CCAUCCCUCGCAGUCCGCUGCCUCGCAUCAAAACAACUUUUUUUACCCAACCACCUCCCGGCCCUCAAUCCGCAUUCCUCAACCCUCCCCACGACCCAACCGCCGCCUCCAACGCUUCCAGAAUAUUCCAUCCACCAAAAUGGCGUCGCUGCCGCCGGGGGCCGGUCUUACUGACUAUGAGCGCCGCCGCGAGGAGAACAUCCGCCGCAACGAAGCCAUCCUCGCCACCCUCCGCCGCAAGGCCACCGAGCUCUCUGCCUCCUUCAGCGCCACCGCUUCAUCCUCCAAGCGCCCCAAGAAGGAGCAGCCCCGCGCGAGAACGGCCAGCCCCGUCGUCCUCCGCCGCUCCUUGCGCACCCGCGGCAUCCCCCCCGCCGAGUCCUCCGCUUGUGCCGGCGCUGACACCUCCCGGGCCACGCCACCGUCCCCGACGAAGCCCCGCACCACACGGUUCUCAUCCUCCCUCGCCUCCGCCCUGCGAGACGCCACCGCUGCAGAGCCCUCGCCAUCGCUCGAGAGCGGGAUCUGCGCAGCUGACGGGUUCGACGCCAGUAGGGAGCUGGUGCUCCGGCCCGUGGACGUGAGGAAGGUGGUGCCGGGCCGGAUAUUGUCGGUGCGGAUCCUGCCGCUGUCCGACCGGACUGUGGUGGUCGCCGGGAACGUGCACGGGCAUGUUGGGUUCUGGGAUGUAGAUCGUCUCGUGGAGGAGGAUGAGGAUGGCGAUGGUGUAGACGGGGUGUUCGAGUAUUUUCCCCACAGGGGGCCUGUAGGGGGCAUUGUGAUGCACCCUGCCACGCCGCAGAAGAUUUACAGCUCUAGUUAUCAUGGUGAAAUUUGUUUCAUGGAUGUUGAGAAAGAGAACUUUAAUACGAUCCACUUGUGUGCCUAUCCCAUUUUCUCGCUUUGUCAAGCACCAAAUAGUCCCAGCUCUCUGUACUUUGCCGAGGGAAAUGAAUUAAAACUUUUUGAUGAAAGGACGGGUAAGGUACCAACUACAUGGAGUUUACAUGAUCAUAGAAUCAACUCAAUAGAUUUUCGUCCAGAGAAUCCAUAUAUAUUUGCCACAAGCUCGACAGAUCGAACAGUUUGCAUAUGGGACAUGAGAAGGAUGAAAAAGAAGGGUCCUGAGAGCUUGAAAGUUUUGGAAUACAACAAAGCCGUUCAGUCAGCUUAUUUCUCACCCAGUGGCAAUAUGCUUGCAACAACCAGCCUUGAUGACACUGUCCGAAUUUUCAACACGGAUAACUUUGAUGACUCAUGUAUUCUUAAGCAUGAUAACAGGACAGGCAGAUGGCUAUCCACAUUCAAGGCAAUCUGGAGCUGGAAUGAUAGUAAUAUAUUUGUUGGGAACAUGAAAAGAGCAAUAGAUGUUAUCUCAGUUGAUCGCAGUCAGAAGAGCCUCUCGGCUUCAUACAUGGCAUUUCUUGAGAGUGAACACAUGACAGCCAUCCCAUGCCGGUUUACGCUGCACCCGUGCAAAGUUGGCCAUCUGGCUGGUGCAAGCUCUAGUGGUAAGGUGUUCCUCUGGACGAGAGCCUGAAGCAGCAAGAUCAUCGACUGACUGGGCUGUCCUCGGCCCUGUUGCUGGCCGUGUCCUACCCAAGUUCCUCACCGUGGAGAUCCUCAUCUCGCAGUUGUGUACUAAUGAUUGUUAGCAUUAUCUUGCUAUCAAAAUGUAUAAUAGUUUGCAUUGCAGAACCAUAAGAUGUAGUGAUGCAUGAGGUUGUUCGGAUCAGUAGAAUUGUAAAUUGGUUUUCCUAAAACAAUGUUUGAUCAGGACUGUUAUGAAAAAAUAUGUGUUAUUUAGGUUGUUAA